AUGAUUGUUGAUAAGAUCAACGUCACCGGCGACCCUCGGGUCCAAUUCCGUCAAGCAAGGGUCAAUGGCAAGCAAUACGGCUACCUUUAUAGUGAGCCAAAAUCAGGCACAUACAGAGCUACCAUUUUCCUUCUCCAUGGCUUCCCAGACCUAUCGAUGGGAUGGCGGUAUCAAAUCCCCAUGCUGAUCGAUAUGGGACUGCGGGUCAUUGCUCCAGAUUGUUUGGGAUAUGGACGAACAGAUGCUCCAGAGGAUAUUUCGCUAUACUCUCACAAGCAGUGCGCCGAUGACAUCAAGGAGCUAGCAUCCCAACUUGGCGCCGACAAGAUCAUCGUAGGAGGACAUGACUGGGGUGCUGCAUUUGCGUACCGAGUUGCCCUCUGGUAUCCAGACCUCGUUACUCAUUUGUUCACCGUCUGCGUACCGUAUAACCCCCCGACUAAGAAGUUCUAUCCUUUGGAGGAAUUUGCAGUGACGGUUGCGCCGCAUUUUGCCUAUCAGUUGCAGCUGAAAAGCGGAGACUUAGAGCCAGUCAUUCGUACAGAAGAAGAUAUCAAGAAAUUCCUCAGCGCAAUGUACGGCGGUCGUACUGACAAGGGAGAAGUAGCCUUUGACGCCGGCUUGGGAAUACUCCCGGACAAAAUGUCCCAGGUGAAACCAUCGAAGCUGCUCAGUGAGGAGGUCGGUCUCCCUCCUCUUUUUAAUGAUUGCGCCUCUGUGUUUGAUUUUCAGGGUACUGAUAGCCGGGAACCUCAGGAGCUUAAUUAUUAUGCCAAAGAGUUCUCGAGAACUGGCAUUCGGGGUCCACUGAACUGGUACCGGACGAGAGAAGUAAACCACAAAGAAGAAUUAGCCAUCCUCGACCGGCGCAUCACAGCCCCGGUUCUUUUCAUUCAAGCACUCAGAGAUGCCGCCCUUCCGGCACACCUGGGCAAGGGUAUGACAAAGACCAUCCCUCAUUUGACCUACAAACAGGUCAAUACAUCUCACUGGGCUCUGUGGGAGAAGCCCAAGGAGGUGAAUGGGAUGAUCGCUUGGUGGCUGGAGGAAGUGGUAUUCUCCGAUCCUCGUUUGUUCAAGUUGUAA